GGCGAUGGAAGCGCUACAGAUCUUCAUUACAGCAUAAAAACACCACUAGCAGUCCAUACUUAUAUAGUCAAAUAUAAACAAUUAUUAGAUUGACAAUAUUAGAUUGAGAAGAGAAAUAUGAAGAGAAACGUGCAUUUGUACAAACUCGUACAAGUGUCUUUCUUCGUCAAUGCGAUGACGCGAAAAUGCAACUGAAUAGCAAGCGACAGCGGGCAUCGGGCACCGGACAGCCGGAACUCGACGCGCGCAGAAAUCAAUUCCGUAAUUGUUAAAGCAUGCGCGCAAACGAUGGUAGGACUCAAUGUAGACUCAGUACGAGGAAAUAAAUAACGUAGUGAUCAGGUGUGCGCGAUUAAAUAACUCUAGCACGGGAGAAGCGAGGACUCGCUUGGUGCACGCGAGAAGAUUAUCGAACGCAUUCUUAUUCGCAUACCAUGGAUUCGUAGGAAGACCAAGCAUCGAUCUUUCUUUAAACUCUUCAUAAAUUUCUCCUCUUCUCCGGCAAUAUGGAUGAAAACUUGAGUCGGGGAUAUGUCCAGCUAGGCAAGGCCAGAGGCAUGAACGAAUUCAAAUUCUCAAAUGGAUUUACACAUCUCUCACCGCCUGUUGACAAAUGCAACUUUAUUUAUAUGGCCCUGAUUCUCGGUGGCAUUGGUUUCCUUCUGCCUUACAACAGCUUCAUUAUAGCAGUGGAUUACUUUCAAGCGAGGUAUCCAGGAACUACUGUGAUAUUUGAUAUGUCUGUCGUAUACAUUGUUAUGGCUUUUUUUGCAGUCUUUGCAAACAAUAUCCUAGUCGAAACUUUAUCGCUGAAUACGCGAAUUACAUUCGGAUAUCUGGUAUCUUUUUUCACUCUGAACUUGGUGGUGAUUUGCGAGAUUUGGUGGGAAUUAUUCGGCAUUGCAACUUCUUAUAAUAUUAAUUUACUUGCUGUCGCGAUAGUAUCACUUGGAUGUACAGUUCAGCAAUCGAGUUUUUAUGGAUAUACAUCAAUGCUUCCUAGUCGAUAUACCCAAGCUGUGAUGACUGGAGAAAGUUUUGCCGGCUUUUGGGUGUCAAUCAAUCGAAUAAUCACAAAAUCGUUGCUCAACGAUGAGCGUGGUAAUACAUCCAUGUUCUUCAUUUUGUCGAAUAUGACAAUCCUAUUAUGUUUCGUGCUAAAUAUAGUAGUGCAGAAGACCGAUUUUGUGCAAUUUUACAUAACGCUAUGUCAAGAGAGAAAUCGGAUCACAUUAGAACCAACGGAAGAUGUUGGUUUGAUGGAUCCAUUAGAUCAAGUCAGCGAUCCUUCGAGAGGACAAUAUGGAGUGUUGAAAAUUCAAACGAGUCCGUUGGGAACAGAAUCCGCGAGUGCAAGCGCUGAUUUGAAUACGUCUGGACAGUAUUCAGCAUUCUCAUUCAGCAAUCCGGUGUACGAGCCUAGUGCUCCUUCAAGCAAUCCGCCUGGUAGCGCUGGUCCAACAUACAAAGUGGAAGAUGUCGUAAUUAUGAGAGGAGCUUAUGGAACACAAAGUACAAGCACACCAUGCUCUGGAAUAAAAAGAGGCUUGCUUGCAAGACUUGAAGUGGCUAAAUUGAUCUUUCCGUACAUGGCUAGCAUUGGGGUUGCUUACUUCGUAACACUCUGCCUGUAUCCAGGAAUUGUAUCAGAAAUAAUAUCAUGCAAGUUUGAAUCAUGGAUGCCGGUAAUUUUAAUGACUGCUUUCAACGCUUCUGAUUUACUCGGCAAGGUAUUUGCUUUGAUACCUUGUGAAUGGACACGCACUCAGCUGCUUUAUUUCUCCAGUGCGCGAGUCAUACUUAUUCCUUUAUUUUUACUUUGCGCAAUUCCACGUGGUGCUCCCAUCCUCUCUGGAGAGGGAUAUCCGCUUGUAUUCUCUUGGCUACUUGGCCUUACAAAUGGUAUAGUUGGUUCCAUACCUAUGAUUCAAGCACCUAGCAAAGUGCCGGAAGAGCAUCGGGAACUCGCAGGUAACAUUAUGACCUUGUCAUAUAUUACCGGUUUGACCAUUGGAUCUCUAUUGGCAUAUAUGAUGGAUGCUUGUCUUGGACCUCCUGUGCAAGUUAAGGAUGUAUGUUUGAAAUUGGGAAAGAUUCAAACUUCGACGAUUGGGCUUAAUAACGUGACGGCGAGCGUUCUGAUGACCGCGAUAUCUUCCACUUUGCCUACUAUCGAAAGAACAACAGCGGUACCCAAGUUAAAAACCACGGUCAAUACAGUGAGCACAAUUCUUAUGUCGACGUUAUUAUCUAACACCACUGCAAGCUUAUUGAACGAUGGAGGAUCGCUAGAUACAUCAACGACGGUUUUCUCUAAGAUCUUGACUAAUACUUCUACCUCGGUUAGUAACACGAUCCUGCAACACUAGAACGUAUAUGCUUGUAUACUGUGUUAAAUCUGGUGCUUUCACCUAAGUAUGUGAGAGAGGGAG